AUGCCGGAAUCUAGUCUGGACCAUCGGGGCAGAAAGAGGCAGCUCGGCGCUGCUGGUACGGUCACUCUUGGUCACUCUGCCACAACCAACGACCUCCACCACCCUUCUGAUAGUCGGUGUCGUCAUGAGGUUGAGGCGGUGCUCAGCUGCUCUCCGUGCCGAUCUCGGACGACCUGUCAUCUCUGGCAGUUUAUCUUACGGCUGCUGGACACGCCAGAGCACAAUCCCAGCAUAAUCAGGUGGUUGGACGAGAACAAAACGACUUUCAAGUUGGUCAACAGCGCCGCGGUCGCCAGACUUUGGGGCAGCCAUAAACAAAAACCAAAUAUGAACUACGAGACGAUGGGACGCGCCCUAAGGCAAGAGCUACCAGUCGUGUGCUUAUUGGUAUUUUCACAUGUGGCGGCAACCUCUUUUCCGCUCCAUCGAAUUGCCAAGCAAAUAUUAAUGCUGUUAUAUCGCGAACUUUUCACCACAUCGCGCGAGUUAGCGUAA